UAGGGCUGCUUGAUUCAAUUCGGAAAGCAUCGGUAGGUUGUGUCGUGUUUGAUUUCCGGUUAGGUCUGUGUUUAUAUUUAUUAUCGUACUUUCAGUGAUAGGUAAAAUGCUGAAGCCAAAAGUUUUAGCUCAAGUGUUGAGUCAAGCCAACUCUGGUGGCGUUGGCAGCACCAUGUUGCUGAACAAUGAAGGAGCAUUGCUAGCAUACUCAGGUUACGGUGAUAAAGACGCAUCAGUAGUUUCAGCUAUAGCUAGUAAUAUAUGGCAGGCUUAUAUUAAAGGUGGUACACAGGCCUUGGGAGACCCAAAUCUUAAAUGCAUAUUAACAGAAUGUUCGGAAGGUAAAGUUGGUAUAACUAAAGUAGCAAAUUUAUUAUUGUGUAUGUGUACUAAAGAUGGUGUGGGUUUUGGUAUGUUAAAAGCCAAGUUGGAGGCCUUAGCAGAUUAUUUACAUGAUCCAUUAUCUCAAGUCGCAUCAUCCUGAUUAUCAAUAAAAUAUUUUAAAUGUUUAUAAAGAGUAAAUCAUCAGAUCAGUUUCAACGGUGAUUUAAAAAGACUACACGUAAUUUGAUAUUUCUUAAAUAAAGACUUGGUAAAACUUGCAAUGGCCAGCUUUAUUAACAUAUUUCUAUCUUACCACACCUGUAGAUAAUUAAAUUUACCCAGGGAAGAAAAUGAACUCUGCAAUGUUUACCCAAAGCUAAUGACUUUGUAAAGCAUAUUUUUUAGAAACAGCAGCUUAUACAUAUAUGUAUAUAUUUUCAUUGUUACAUUAAAAACUGUUAAAACAAACUA